GCUCCCCGGAGGGUGUGCUCUCGCUCGCGGUCACAAGUAACAAGCUUGGAUUUGGUCAGCCUCGGGUGUGUUCCUGACGGUCUUUGGGCUGGGGGGGCACUGGUGUCCCUAAGGGCACCUCGGAGGUCUGCGAGCCCUGGAGUGACAUUAAGCGGUGCAGUGACUCAAUGACCGAAGACGUUGGCUCGUCCUGCGUGGGGAGUGCUGAGAAGCAGGCAAGCAGGAAAAUUCUGGAAAGUGAUAAUAAUGAACAUACUGCCUCCAAUCCUCACUGCUGCUUUCUGAAGCCCCAUUUUCCAGAUGGCAAAACUGAGGCUUCGAGAAGUCAAGUCACUUGCCUAGCUCUCUUGAGCUCUCCGGAGGCAGGAUCCUCUGGCCUCACUCCCGUUCUUCUUCCCAGCUGCCCUCAGAGUGGCUGGGGACCAUUGUGACAACGCUGGGUGAGGGAAGCUCUUUGGUCACAAUGGGCAGAACUGGACCACGCGGGGACACAGCCUCGGAAGGAACGUAUGAGCAUCUUCUGGGAGACCGGGGACACAGGGAGUCCAGAGGGUCAGGCCGGUGGCCAAGGGCAUUUCCUAAGACUCAUUAGUCCCCAUGCCACCCCUUGAGGUACGUCCCACAUGCUCAUCCCUGAUGUGGAAACUGAAGCUCACAGGAACCCGAUUGCUUAUUCCGAGGCGACCUUGAUUUCAAUUGUUAGAUUCUCCGUAGACUAUUGGAAACUUCUCAGCUCUCAACUAUUUCAGGUGGCGCCUUGUCCCCCGAUGGCGAUGGCCGCGGUCGCCCUCCUGCCAUGCCCGAUGUCCCGGCUGGACUUCCUCAAGGCCUCGCACUUUGCACUAGGGCCGGAUCCGCGGCUGCACGUGGACGCCAUGCAACCCACGUCGCACCGGGACUUCCCGGCCUACCCGGGCGUCACCCGCGCGCUGUCGUGCCAGGAGCAGCCCGUCAGGUCCUUCUUCCGACAGGACACGCGCGCCGCAGGCGCGGAGCUCCAGUCGGAGGCGCACUGCGCGUUCGCGCCCCCGGCGCCGCAGCCGUCCGCGCCGUCGGGGACGCGGGAGCGCACCCUCGCCACGCCGGCCACCAACUUGCGCGUGUACGCGCCCGCGCGCUCCCGUACCGGCCUCUCCACCGCGCGCGCGGACUUUGGCUGGCCGGAGCUGCCGGCGCGCGCCAGAGAGCAGAUCCGCGGCGCGCGCCUCAUCUUCGACCGCGACUCGGUGCCUCCCGGCGACCGAGCCAAGCUGCGCAUCCCGCCCACCACCUACCGGGCGCUUUUCCCGCCCCACGACGCGUGCCCGCGGCCCCGCGCGCCCUGCAGCCACUUCGGGGGCAACAACGCACUCCAGUGGGACCACAGGAGACAUGACGAUGGGACCUCCUACCAGAGACAGUUUCAGGCCCUGCCAGGCCCACCUGCCUCGAUGUGUAAGAGGGCCUCCUCCAGUGUGGAGCUGGGAGACUCCAAGAUUGGCUAUGGGCCCGUGUGCUCCGAACAGAAACAAGCCUACGGGCCCCAGGGUCUGCCCCCAGACAGGUAUGACAAGGCCCAGGCCUCGGCCCACAUCCACUAUGUGAAUAUUCGUCCUGGAGAUGGGCUCUUCCGUGACAGGACCACCGAGGCUGAACACUUCUACCCCCGAGAGCCAGAACGUUUUGUUCUUCACCAUGACCAGACUCCGGCAUCGCACAUCCUGGAAGGAAAUCGGUGCCCCGGCCCGGGCAGCCUCACCACCUCCGUGCACUUCUUCCAUGGCCAGCCACUGCCCGUGAACAAGCCACCCAGCUGCCACCUGCCUCACGAGAAACUGCAGAGUCACGUGGGCCUAGGGGAGUCCUCGCUGCUCGGACAGUUCUUCCAGACCUCCACUGGCACAGACUACUGCUCCCCGGGCACCAUCCAGAAGCCGCAGAGAGCGCCCACUCUCCACUUGCUGCCUAGCAACCUGCCCCAGGGCACCGGCGAAACAGAUUUUUUGACCAUGAACCAGAAGAUGCUGAAGCCGCAUAGAACAGCUCCCGCCUCCGUGACUGACGAGAUGCUACAGAGGUGCAAGUAUAACCACAUUGAGCCCCCGCUGGGUGGACAGCGCUUCUUCUCAACCCAAUACGAGGAUGAGUUUGCCUUCAAGUUCCAAGGCCCAGCGGUGCUGAGAUCGGCCAACCUCCAGGACAGCCAUGUGCCUCUGGGCUCCCCCCGCCAGUGGGUCUGUGGGGCUGGGAAGGUAGACCCUCAGACCCCCCAGCCCCCUACUUAUCCAUGCCCUAGCCAGCAAUAA